AAAUACGAUAUUUACCUCCAUGUGAGCGUUGGCAAAUUAAUUGAGCACCAUGCUUCUCCGUGUGAGUGAGUAUACCCAAUGAAUAUCCCAGCAUCUGUCCGGAAUUUAGACACCCUCCAAUAGGAUGCCUUCGCGCCAGAUUUGCCCAUUGAAGCUUCUAAGGGAAGCUUUUCCACCUUCAUCUACUAUCUUAAAGCCCCAUUGUCUCUCUGUUUAGGGUUUUUGAAAUUCAAAAAUUCCGCACAGCGAGUCGUAUGCAGCAUGAGAAAAUCAGCAAGGUUAUCGUCAAUUGGGACUGCGAAAGCUUGCAAUUCGAGUGGGACUUUCAGGACUCGAUUCUCAUUGCCAUCAUUCAUCAAACAAGUGAAGAGACUCACAGAUGAUCAAAGAGCUUUGAUAGAAAAGAUGGGUUUUGGGAACCUGCUCCUGAUACCAAACCACACCCUCUCCAAAAAUUUGCUAGUUGAGUUAAUGGAGAAUUGGAGCGUCGAGAAGCAUGCUUUUCUACUCCAUCCUGGUGAAUUUCAUAUCUCCUUGAUGGAUGUUGCCCUGAUUUUGGGUUUACGUGUGGUAGGUGUUCCAGUACUCCUCAGGGACGAUGAACCUUUUAGCGAGCUAGAAAGUGAAUAUGGUGCUGCCCUUUGGAAGAGGAAGAUUGCAGUUGCAUUCCUAGAGAGUAGACUUGAUUCCCUUGUUGGGAUUUGCAAUGAUGAUUUUGUAAGGACGUUUUUGUUGUAUACGUUCGGAACUUUUCUUUUCCCAAAUGCUAAUGGACAAGUAGAUUCCCGUUACCUUUCUUUUCUACAAAAUUUAGAUGGUAUUUGUGAGUUUGCCUGGGGUGCAGCGGUUCUCCAAGAUAUAUUUAAUUGGUUGGACAGAAGAAAAGAAGUGAAUGUACAGUAUGUUGGAGGUUGUCUUAUAUUUCUCCAAAUAUGGUCUUAUGAGCAUAUUGACAUAGCUAGGCCUAGUUUGCUAGAUUUCGGUGUUACAUUUCCUCGUGUAUGCCGAUGGGAUAAUAGUAGAUCCCUUCAUAAGCAACGGUUCACUUCACAGUUUAAGGAUCUACAGGAUCAUCAGGUCACUUUGAAUGAGCUUCAAGUUACUCCUAUAGAGAUGGAAGUUGACAUAAUCAAAGAGUUGAUGGAGGCUCAUAAUCAAGAGGAGCAUCUCAAAGGACAAAACUCUUGUAUCAAUUCUCCUACUGUUGGGGAUAAUCACUUAAGAAACAGAUCUCAAAUGGUGAAUGAACAAAUUGUUGAAGUGGAAUCUGAUUCAGAAACAAGCACAACGGGUGUCAAUUCGGAUCAUCUGUUUGGGCCAGAAAAGCUACCUGAGGUCCUAACAGACACCGUGGGAUACCCAUCUACAUCUUGCUGCUUGUCGAAGAGAGAGGAGCAAACAAAGCUAGCAUCCACCUCGCAAGAUUCAUCCUUUAUAGCUAUCAGUGAUGAUGAUGAUGACUUGAGAAGCAGAGUUAAGAUGUUACAAGAGCAAAACAUGGAGCUGAAAAAGGAGAUGGACAAACUGAAAAGGGAAAAUGGACUGUUAAGAGACCAGCUUUUAUCAGUUUCCAAUUUAGAAUUACAGAAUACAGAGUUGAAGAGACAAGCGGAUGAAUUGAGACGAGAAAAUCAACUUUUGAGCUUGUCAUCAAAUAAUCUUGUGCUUCGACUAGAGAAACUUCUCUUGGAUGGAGAUGCUAGUGCCACAGAAGAAUAAUAUCCUACUCUAGAUUAGCUCACAAAAGAACAUGGCGUCUCUCCCCAGUAAUAGGUCAAGCCACCACCACAGCUUUGUUGAUCGCCGGAUGGAUAUAGAGCAUUGAUUCAACUUUCACACUGCUGAGAUUCUCUCUGCCGCUCAUGAUCGCAUCCUUCAUCCUUAGAUCGACCUUUGAUCUCUAAACAUCUAUCUGGAUGUAUCACGCCUACAUCUCUGGUGUAGAACCACCCGUCGUCCUUCAAAAUUUGCCGUUCUGGCAGGAUCUUACAUGACCCAAUUUUUUUAUUUUUUUACAAAUCCUAAUUUGGAAAAUAGAAUUUUAAAAAUCAAGAAGGAAAAUCAUUUACUUUUUGGAAAGGAAAUAAUUAUGCAGCUAUCAUACUUAAAAAGAAAAUUUGGAAAUAAUUGAUACCCUUCGAAAAGUUGAUAACCAAAAAUUUCGUGAAAACUGGCCAUAAAAUUAAAAGCAGAAAAAAAAAAAAAAAGUCAAAAGGAGCUUUUGGUAAUUGUAUAUAAAAUUGCAGUGUGAAAAGAAAGUUUGGUCGUGUUAAAAGCAACACUCAAUCCAAAAACCUGGAAAAAGCCCAAAAGAAUCCUAUCCAAUCUAAUCAAAAUCAAAAAUCGAUUAUCCAAACCUGUUUGUAAUGGAUUGGAGCGAAGUGGAUGUGUAAUUCCCUUUGGAUUGGAUGCAAAAUUAAGAAAAUCUAUCAAGGUUGGAUAGGUUUGAUUAUUGGAUAAAAUGGUUGGAACAAUGAAACCUCCCUAGAUAUUCCUAUGAAGCGGACAUUGAUAACAAGUUACUCUAAUCAUGACAAGAAUCAAAUUAAGGUGAUUAUGUGAUAGAAGAGAGUCUGAAAACCAUUGGUAUAUAGAUUACCUUUCAUUAAAGAAAACCAUAAAAUUAUAUGCCACGAUGGAGAAACUAUCAACACUAGUACACCCACUAGUGGGCUAAAAGCACCACUUAUCCAUUUUUAAGGUUUUAAGCCCCCACUUAUAUUGUAUCUUGUAGAUGCAGAAAACCCAUCGGUCGAGCAGUCCACGUCUAU